AGGGUGGUUGUGAAGUUCAAUUCUGCCGAUUUCUCUCUAGGAGUGAUUCCCGGGGACGUAGUUUUAUCAAUAAAUGAUGUAGAUAUUCAACAGCAGAGCGUUCAUGACAUGAACUCCAAGUUAUCUCCCAAUGGUCCCCCAGAAGUUAAACUUGUAGUGGUGCCCUCCGAAGAAAGCAUUGAAUGGUCAGUGCGGGCGAUUGACAUUGACCCAUCUUGCUUAUUUGAAUUACAACGACUGUUUUCCGUCUCCGGAGACUGUACUAAUCGGUGUUAUUUCGACUCUCUUCUAAAAAAACAAGAUGGAUUGUUGCGAAGGCUUAAUUUGCGACAUUGGAUUAAGGAGACUGGAAGUUUUAAUUUGCUUAACGAAAUAAUAAGGCAGGUAAAGCAUAAAAGUCUGUGUAAUGUCAAUGAUCUUGUGAUUGUUUCGCAUCGAGAUGGUUACUCGCUUGGCUCAAUUACUGAAAAGUUUCCUGAUGGUACAUAUCAGAUUCAUUUGUCUCCAGGAAGGCAGCAACUGCGCGUAUCACUAGACGAUAUAAGCCGAGCCAACGCUAAGAAGCUUGAGGGAAUUGAGGAUCUGAUGUUGAUGCAGCACCUUAACGAACCAGCUUUGGUUUACAACCUCCAUGCUCGAUUUCUUACUUCAUUGCCUUAUACCUACGCCGGCGACUUUGCUCUUAUUGCCUUCAAUCCAAUGCGCAAUCUUGAUAUUUACGACGAAUUCGUGAAGGAGCUGUUUGUUAAAUGCGAAAACCGUCUCGACAUGCCUCCACACAUCUAUUCAGUAGCGCAAACUGCCCUGGCCAAUCUGAAACGAGCUUUCAUUGCUCGGAGAGAUUUUGGGGCCGCCGAUGAAUGCUUUGAGGCUUCGGGUGACGAAAGAACUUGCUCGAUCACCACUGAUGGGGUUUCAGCUGCGUCCACAGCACCAGUAAAAGUGCCCACUCAAGCUAUUUGUGUUCUCGGUCGGUCUGGGUCUGGAAAGUCCAUCAACACCGAACAUCUUGUCGAGUACUUCUUUCCUCAAUCUGCCCCAGGUUCUGAAAUAGAUGCCUCAAAGGUUCGCGCAGUUAUGUGCCUCCUGGAUGCUUUCACAUGUUCGCGAACGCUAUUGAACUCCAAUGCUAGCCGGUGUUUGCGCCUGUUUACCAUUGAGUUAAUUGCCGAAAUCCACUCCGAUUCUUCCGUACAACUAAACCCUUCGAGUCUACUCAUUGACCUUCUUCUCUUGGACAAGUUCCGUGUCACUCGGCGACCUAUGGGCGAACCAACGUUUCAUAUAUUCUACUAUUUUUUGGCUGGUUUAGAGGACAAAGCACGGCGGGAGUACAUGCUGGAAGAUCUCUCCUUCCCCAAUCUUUUUAUGACUCCUCUUCAAAAGCCGGAAGACCAAUCAUUGGCUAAAUCUCGGUGGCAGGCAGUUACUCAGGCGGCACGAGUUCUUGGUACCGGUUUUGAAGAAGUAUUCAACAGCUGUGUAUGUCGGCUGUUGGCGGCCAUUUACCACCUUGGUUGCGCAGGUGCCACUGCGCCCCAGGCUCAAACCUCGACCACCCGUCGCUUUAUUAAUCUCACGGCAGCGGAGCGGGCAGCCCACCUCCUUGGAUCAGCCUCAGUUGAUGCUCUCACAGCAGACGUCUUCGGCAAUGAAGAGUCUCCGCGAACUCCAAGUGUGUCCUCUGGUCAGUCGAUUCAGGCUAUGGACUCGCUCGCAUCGGAGUCUGCAAGCAAUUUGGACCUUCUUGGUGGAUUUGUUGCGAAUCUCUAUGCCAUUGCCACGACCACGCUACGGGAUAAUAUCAACAAGGCCCUGAAUUCGUCGUCUUCGGUGAUGCGCUCAGCAUCCGACAUUAAUUCGCCAAGUCGGUCAGCCCGGAUUUUCGUCGUUGAUCCUCCUGGACUGCAGACGCCCGAGGACGGUGGUCGAGUGUCUGGCGGUAGCUUCGAAGAUUUGCUCUAUAACUAUACUAAUGAGUGCUUACUUCAACUCUAUCGCGACUGCCAAAGCCAAGCUGAUGACAGCGGAAACAUCAGUUGUUCAGACCUCGAUUUCCUCGCCUUCUUUGACAACCCACCGAACAAUCCAUGCUCUUCGCAACGCAAAGCCUUGUUUACGCCAAGGCCGACUGUGCUCGGAGCCAACAACUCGCCUAGAUACAGCUGCAGCACUCCGCUCUCCCAAUCUGACGACGAUUUCACCGCAACCUGGAACAGCAGUGAGAGAGGCCCCGUUGCCGACUCCAACACAGGUCUCCUCUGGUUGCUCGACUACGCCUACUCUCGCCUCAUGAGACGCCUACACAGAUCUGGAGCCUUUUCAUUGAACCAUUGGAACGCGACAGCAGUGGUUCAAUAUCAUCCCUCAACUUGGCUGUCCAGCUGUCACUACUUGAAUAGCCCGCGCAAUGCCAUUGAACUUCUGCAGCGGUCAAGAUUACCCGCUUUGCGAGGCGUGGGAGAUUCAAUGGACGAGAGCGCCUCUGUCUCCGCGCUCAGUGUGUCAUCCUCUACUGGAAUUGUGGAAUCUUUCAUUUUUGACACGGUAUGUUGCAUAUCUGUGUAUAGGGUUUUUUUACAGCCAGGAGACUUUCUAUCUGAUUUGAUCCUAUUGCAAACAAAACUUUUCCAAUCGAAAUUUACUAUACGAAACUUUGCUGCUACCCGAGAAAGCAUCCUUUGGGUGCAUUGUCUUUUGCCGGUGGCGAGCGCCGGACUCUGGCAGGUCGCGUCGACACCGAUUGCCAGCGCCGUUGCUGCCGAGGUGUCGGGGCCGUCGGCGCUCGUCUGCCUGCGCAAUCCAAGCGCUCGUUUCUGUGUGCCGCUUGUGCGUGCACAACUGCAUGCAAUCAGUCUGGCCACUGACCUCAUAUACCUCAAGUCAGCUUUUACUUCCCGGCUGCAGAAAUCUGUCGCAAACAACGGGGUAGUUGCUUCCCCAGGAUAUUCAGUCUCAGAAGAUAUUACAGUUACAGAGGCUUCCGAUCUUAACAAUGGUGAUUCUAAAAGCAGCCGCAAAAUUGAAAAGGCGCCCGUUGAUUCGUCCAGUCCUUCUAUUAACGAAAAAAAUCAAAAUUUGAAUGGCUCUCAGCAACCAAUCUCCGUUGCUAGUUCUGCUUUACAUUCCGAUGCUGGAAUUAAUCACACGACAAAUGAAUCGUCAGAUACCUACAACUUCGUCUUUAAUUCAACAAGCAAUAAUUUGCCGUGGGAGCAACUCCUCACACUAAUGCCAGUUGACCGCGGACUGGUAAAGCAAUUGAGAUUUCAGUUAGAAGAACUGGAGGAAAGCAAGGAGGCGCUCCUACGCAGGCAACGAGUUCUCUCAGCAGAUCUGGAGGAAUGUCAACAACAGUUAUACAAGGAGCUACGUGAGAAACGUACUUGUGAAGUAGCUUCUGUUCACGUUUUUCGACAGGCUGAACUCCGCUGUCAAACUGCUCUGCGUCAAAAUAGUGACCUUCAGUGCCGCGUGGAAGAGCUGGAGGAAGAGUUGGAGGAGGCGACCCGUAAGCAGCGCCGUUCAGCUCUCGCGAACUCAGUUUCACCCGGAUUUAACCCCUACGCCAACGAAGUGACCCAGCUAAUUGAAGAACGAAGUGCCAUGCGUGAAGAGAUCGCCGAUUUACAGGAACGCAUUGCUGCGGCCACCACCGAGAAAUCCGGGGCUGUUGAUAUGGAGCUAGUCUGCUUGAAGGCGAAAGUUCACGAGUUGGAAGGCCGGCUCGAGUUGGAAACUUCAACCAAGCUGCGUCUUCAAUCAACUGUCGACCGUUUAAAGACCCAGUUAGAGCACAUUAUUGCCGAACGCGACAAGUUACUUGAGGCUGUCCAGGAGGAGCGGCAGAAUUCUCGUAACCUUUCCAGAAGCUUGCGUGAGGCACGCGAAGAUAAGGAGAGGACCGAACGUCGCCUCGCUGAUGAAGAGCAUCGUCGAUGUGAAACUUCAAAUGAAGUUUCCUCUUGUGUUCAGGAGCAGUUUAGAUUGCAACAAGAACUUUCUCAUCUUCUCCUUCGUUGCAAACAAGAGGAAUUCCGCUCUAUGGUAUUGCAUGGAAAUGGAGGAGUGGAAGACGAUGAAGAAACUGUAGCGAGUGAUAAUGAGCAGGCUGUGGAUCGGUUCAUUAGCCACCUCUCGGGUGUUAGCGAAGUAAAAGAUGCCUCUCAGGCUCAUGUUGAUGACAGUAGUGACCUAAAAAGAGGUCCCGAUUUCCUUUAA